AUGGUGCUGUAUGAUGCAUGCUGGACGUAUCCGGUGGAAGCAGAGUGUGGGGAACUUCAGUUGUUUGCCUCUGUGGACAGGUCUACCCUGCUGUCAAGUGAUGGCGAUUUUCAAUUGGAGGGGAGAUGCUUUCACCGGUGGCAGCUACAGGAGUGGCGUGCUUUCUGCGAGGUUGGCGAGGAGAGGCAGCAGCUGAGGUUCAAUGCGCAGGAAGUGCCAGUGCAGUUGGUAGGUCACGAGCCCAACGUUGCGGAUGUCCAAAUCCUGUUGACUUUCAGAGAGCCCUUCUUGUGCGGAACCUCGGGCAAGAAUUCUACGCAGGUCUCAUUUGGUGCCGACACAGUGCUGGGGACGUGCUUGGCUGCACAUCCCUCAGGAGCUCAACAACCACAUGCUGCGUUGGGGGACAUGUCUCCUUCCUUGCUUAAGACUUUAGUGGGUCUUCAACAGCGCAUUUUGUCCA